AUUGGCUGCAGAUUGUCUCCGCAGUCAGGUGGAGUUCUGCUGAUCGAAACUCUCCAAAGACAAAACCCCAGUGGUGCUGCCGCUGCAGGUAAUUCCACUGCUCGACUCCGAACUCAUCUGUUGAAAGGAUGGCAAACUCUGACCGACCCAGCGCCGACAUUUCUCACGUCUACCGGGGGACGUUUAUCCACUCGACGCAGCAAACCGCGCUACAGAUCCUGGAAGAUCAACUCCUGGGUGUGGAUACAGACGGAAAGAUUGCUUUCAUCGAGAAAGGAGCGGAGCUGAACCGACUGUCUCAGAGCUUUGGAUUCAGUCCGUCUGAAGUCACUCAACUGGCACAACAUGAGUUCUUCAUGCCGGGACUGGUGGACACCCACAUCCACGCGCCCCAGUACUGCUACGCCGGCACGGCGCUGGACAUGCCCCUGCUGCAGUGGCUCAACACCUACACCUUCCCUGUGGAGUCUCGCUUCAAGGACUUGGAGUUCGCCCGCCGCGUCUACACUCAAGUAGUGCAAAGGACCCUGAGAAACGGAACGACCACUGCAUGUUACUUUGCUACCAUACACACAGAUGCCUCUCUCCUGUUGGGCCAGAUUGCAAAUGACUUUGGUCAGCGAGCCUUGGUGGGGAAGGUGUGUAUGGACAGGAACAACUGUGUGAAACAUUACAAAGAGACCAAUCAGGAGUGUCAAGAGGAAACCCGUCGGUUCAUUGCAGAGCUCUUGAACAAAAAGUACCCUCUGGUGAGGCCGGUGGUGACGCCUCGCUUCGCUCCAUCCUGCACAGGAGCCUUGCUGGGCCAGCUGGGAGCAAUCGCUAAGAAUAACAACCUGCACAUUCAGAGUCACAUCAGUGAAAACGCAGAGGAAGUUAAGCUCGUGAAGGAGCUGUUCCCGGAGUCAGAGUCUUACACAGACGUCUAUCACAAGUACAACCUGCUCACUGACAAGACGGUGAUGGCCCAUGGCUGCUACCUCAGUGAUGCAGAGUUGACUCUGUUCAGAGAGACAGGAGCCGCUUUGUCUCACUGUCCCAAUUCCAACAUCUCGUUGUGCAGCGGCGUGUUGGACGUCCGCAACGUCCUGAAACACAAAGUGAAGUUGGGGCUGGGAACAGACGUGGCGGGCGGCUACUCGGCCUCCAUGCUGGACGCUGUGAGACGAGCUCUGGACACAUCCAAAGUCCUGACGAUCCAGGACCCAGACCACCAAACGCUCACGUUUGAGGAGGUUUUCAGACUGGCCACACUGGGAGGAAGCCAUGCUUUGUCCCUGGAUGACCAUACGGGGAACUUCGAAGUGGGCAAAGACUUUGACGCCCUGAGGGUGAACGUAGCUGCUGCUGACGGACCCAUCGACAUGAUCCAGUGUGAGGGACCAAAGGUUAUUUUGGAAAAGUUCUUGAAUUUGGGUGACGAUCGUAACAUCGCGGAGGUGUUUGUGGCCGGGAGGAAGGUGGUACCAUUCUCCCCCAGUUUAAACAUCGCUUCCAUGUCUGUUAACGGCACUGGGUCCUGACCUGACUCCACUUAUACCUUCACCUUUCCUGUCCAUGUCUCUCUUCCUCCCUCCACAUCCCAGCUCAACAUCUUUUCAUCCCUUCUUUUAACUAAGUCACUCCCUGUGGACCCUCUGCUCCGGGAAAGUCGGCUCGAAGAGGUUUUUAACUCCCAAAAUACAUCAUGCAAAACGUGCAGCAAAAGAAGAAUCAGCUGGAAACGCCCUACUGUACAACUGGACACAAAAAGCCAAACAAUAUAAAUUAUUUAUUAGAAUAAAGAAUAUAAACUAAGGCAUAAAUUUGGAUGUGAGGUGUGUUAGUGAGUCAGGUUCAUGUGGAUGUGUUUGGUUAACGUAGCGUGAGGUAUUAUGAUGUAAAAGUAGAAGAAGGCUUCAUCUACGUUACUACGUUUUGGUUUAUAAACGAAUAUCUUUUGCUACGUGUACGUCUCGCGUCCACGCUACUGCGGUGUUUCCGAGCCCCUAAAACGGAGACUUUUGGAAGCUCUGCUGCCCCCUUUUUGGUUCUAAACUACUCCAGGUUUGCUUUGUAGUCUGGACGGACACAAACAGAGAGCUUUGGAAACGACAACACACGUCAGUCAGUCUUAUUGGUUAGGUAGCUUACAUUAGAGCUUAGUUCGGGCCCCAAAGAAUCAAGCCCGACCCUACCCGAGCCCGUGCACGUUGUAUCCGAGCCUGGCCCGGCACAUUAACUGUAAUUAUGAGCCAGAGCCCGAUUUAAAUCCGACAUUUCUUUUUAAUACGUGGGCCGUUAUAUCUGACGUUCUCAACUAAAUUUCAGAGUUGUUUGAACUGCAGAAAUCUGUUUAGGAGGGGUAUGCUUGGAGAAGUAACAAAGGAGGACAUUGGAGGCUGACUAUCAUCUUUUCUGCCGUUUUUUUUUUUUUUGCUGUCAUAGGCGAGCAGCGUGCCGCAAUUAAUGCACUCGACAUAUACUCGACAGAUAUGUUGUCACUGCCCACGACUUGUUUAAAAUGGUUCCAUACCUCCGACUUUCCUCCAAACUUGCUCAAAGGUAGGCUAAUUCUCCUGUUUUUCUUACAUCUUUUCUUUACAUCUUCAAGCUCCAUGUUGCUUGAUGCCACUUAAGCUACACCAUACAGCCCAGCAGCCCCGGUGUGACGCGUGCGAUUGGAGGAGACGCUUGCAUGAUUGGGGAAUAGCUUUCUCCUCACCCAAUUAGGGUAAUAAAGUAAUGUUUAAAAAAAUCACAAAUGCUUGAUCAAGAGCCCGGCCCGGCCAGAGGAUAGUGGCGGGAAAUGUUGGCCUCGGCCUUGGCCUGGCUCGGGUUUCGGGCAGAGAAUCUAACCUCUAGCUUACAGACCUUUCAGUAACAGCUCCACCUCGUCAUCGCUCCGAGAUAAUACAUCCCUGCUCUUACUUUUCACCGUUGUUGUUCUUUCUCCAAAAGUAUUUUCUGUAUUUUUAACUUCUACAUCCAUGAUCUUCAACCGCAGAGUAACGUCAGACAAUCUGCUUCCUGUUUACACCGGCACGCACAUGCCCAGUGGGGGUGAAUGGUCAUGUGAUACGUGUUGUCAGACGUGUUAAUAUGGACAAAGAUAAGUUCUGCUACUGGAGCUGAAACUCUUGUGUGGACAGAGAUCGUUUUUGUCUCAAAAUGCCGCUUAAAAAUGAAAACCUAGUGUGGAUGUAGGCUAAGACAAAUAAGUAAGACAUUAAUUAUCACCAUAACAGUCUUUUAUUGAGGUUCAGUCAGGGACACACAAGACUGUGGUCAGCUGAGCUCAAAUUCAGUCUGUUCUUUAAGUCUUUCAGGGGAAUUUAUAACAAGAAAUAAGGGACGUAUUAGCAUUGCUAAUUGUUGUCAUCAUGUCUGCGUACUAAAACAUAUUCAUGAACCCUAACCCUUCGCUGAUUAAAAAGUCACUGUUUAUGUUCAUGUGCACAUUGUUGUAGACUUUUUUUAAGCUAGCUAAUGGUGAUGGCCAGGAGCAGAGCAAAGGGGGUAUCUUCUGGGGCUCCAGCCCUGAAUGUUGUCCUAAAAGCCCCGAAUCUUUUAGGGUUUUAAAAUAACUUUGUGUCAUUUCCCCUCAGUCUCUCUGACUGGAACGGCAAAUCAACGGAGCAAAAGUUCUGUUACUGGGGAAAUAUCGCCUUCGUUUCAACAUCAGUAAUGCUGCUUACGCCAAAUUCCUACCCCUACCUACGUUAUGUAACUUAAACAUAGAAACAUCAGACAGUUUUGCCUCAUUUUAGGUGGCAGGAGUGAAAAUGAUUAGUUGUGUUCUGGUUUCAGAACGAUUAAGACCGUAAGAGAACAGUUAGAUAUAAAACAGGAUGUCGCCUCUACAGGAUGAUUGUUUUUUCUUGGCAACUAUUAUGCAGUGGUGUAGUCUACGUGAUACGCAGGUAUACACAGUAUACCCACUAAGAAAGCUCCAGGACUUCCGUAUACCCACUUAAAAAUGCCCAAUGACAUGCAACGACGAACUUUCCAUUAUAUUUUUGAUAUAUUUUGAAUUGUCAUCUGUGUUUUUCUUCUUCAUAUAAGCUAAAUAAAGCUAUUUCCACCGUAAAUUGGGGCAUUAAAGCGUAUCCCAAUACAGGACCCAGACCCCCCACUAUGAUAUGCCCCCCCCCCAGGCAGAUUCUGGCCAAUAUGUAUAUACAGCACAGUAUACCCACUGCAAUACAUUAGACUUAACCACUGCUAUUAUGUUUUCCCCAAAUGAGGUACAGAUUUGUAAGCAUUUUAUUAUCAAAUGGCUUGAAAAAUAGUGCACAUAUCUGCAGCCCAAUAACCACUCACGCGCUACAAUCAAGCACUACUUGAGUAAAAGUACAAGUAUCUUACCAGAAAAUGACUUUGGUAGAAGUUAAAGUCACCUUUCAGAAUACUACUUGAGUAAAAGUCUGAUAUUUACUGUACCUAAGUAUCAAAAGUAAUUUUCUGAUAUUAAAUGUACUUAAUUACUAGAAGUAAAGCUUUGAUUAGGAACUUUAGUGUGGCUUCUUUAUAGUAAAGCAUAACAUUCAGGGUGUCCACACCUUCACACAUCAAAUCCAAAGUCGGACUUCAACAAAGGAAGAAUCUUUCACUUUGACGUACCAAAACAUUUCUUGGAAGUAAGGAGUAACAAAGAUGCUGAGGGGAAAUGUCCCGGAGUAAAAAGUAUACAUUUUAUUUAGGAAAUGUAGUGAAGUAAAAGUAAAAGUUUCAAGAAAUAAAUAACGAAGUAAAGUACAGAUACGUGUAAAUUCUACAUAAGUACACUGGUCGUAUUAUAUAUAAUUAAUUGUUGUGUUGUGUAUGGAAAUGUGAGCUGCUGGAUACUCGAAUUUCCCCAUUUGCAUGAAUAAACUAUCUUCUAUCGAUCUAUCUGUGAAUGGAGGAUGCCCCCGGACUCCUCUCCCUAUUUUACGUUGAUAUCCCGUUGUGUUGCCUCCGUACAUUUUACUGGACAGUUGUCUGUAAAGUUAGGUGACAUAUUAACGUAUAGGACUUUGCGCCGGUGAGAUAAAGCUGCUCAGCGCAGCUGCUGCAGUGUCUGACCUAAUUAUCUUUAGUGGCUCGGUGAUCUAUUUUCAAGGUUGUGUAGCUAGGAAAUGCCUCGUAAU